GCGUGCGUGUCUGUCUCGGGUUAGUGUACACACUGCGUAUGUGUGAUGGUGCCAAAUAAAUUAUUAAGCAAAUUAAUGCACAUAAAUACUUGAGUUUCCACUAUUUAUCGUAUCGUAUUUAUGUGGCAUUCAACAACAACAACAAUAACAACUUCGAUGACGCAUUCGAGAGUAGGGCAGAAGGUUAAAUUACAAUGGCAACGACAACAGCAACAGCAACAGCAACAGCAACAGCAACAACGACAACGGCUACUGUCGAAAUUCGCCACGUACUGUAAUUCGGAUUCGGAUUCGGAGUCCGAAAACAUUAAAACCGAUACCAAUACCGAAUCGCAGCACGCAAGUUGGCGAUUUAUAGGCGUGCGACCAACUACAAGCAGCUUCAGCUCCAGCUCAGCUCACCUCCCGAGACACGAGACGAGGCGAAGCUUGGAGCAGCAGCAACGCCACCCGCAAUAACAAAGAGGCCCAGCGACUCCGACUCGGAGUGAAUGUUGUUGCCCAUCGUGGUGAAUUGCGCAGACAACAGACAACAACUGAACGAAAGCCACGAUAACAAGCAACAGCAAUUAGUCAUCACAAAUAUAAAACCAAAGAUAUAAACUAACGUUAAUGCAACAAAUUUCGUUAUUUAAAACUUUGCAAAAGUAAAAGAACUAACUAAAUUAACCAGAGAAAGAGAGAGAGAGAGAGAGAGAGCGCACGCGAGUGAGUGCGAGAGAGUGGGGGGAGAACGCGACAGCGGAAACUCACCACGAGUUUUGGCCUCUCUCUUCCAUGUCGCUGGCAACGUUCUGAAGAAAACUUUCACUCUCGGCACAACGUGGCGGCGGGCGGUGCGAAAGCAUCGAGCAGGAAGCGCAAAAAGUGACACACAAACACACUCACACACAUACACACACAGACACAGCGCGCAGACACACGCAUACAUAUACGUAAUACGUAUGUAUAUCGAGAAAUGAACAGCAGCAGCAAAAACGGGGAGAAAGCCCACAGAAAACUAAACUAAACAACACGAAUAUCCGCAGUCGAAGCAAGGAGCAGAACAAAACUUUUGCAUGCAAGCAGCUGACUGCCUGCAGGAAGCGUGCCAGGACAACGGCAACGGCAACAACGACGAAGGAGGAGCAGGAGCAGAAGCAGAAGCAGCUUACAACAGCAGCGGACAGUCCGGUGCUGACUGCUUCCCUGUCACAGCCAUUGAAUAGGCCUCUUCAACACGAACACUGGGCACAGGAUACGGGCCGAGCACGCACGCAACGCAAUUUUAAUGUAUCCUUAGAAUUUCAAACAGCGCCGACAGUGUAAUGCGCCUUGGGGGCAGUGGUAUACCAUACGACGGUGACCCCCUGACAAUGAGCGCAGCUGGCAAUGACUAUGCCGAAUUAUGCGAUCUUGGACCCUCACGCUGGAGUGCACGCGCCUAUGGUUACCAUGCAACAGCAGCAGCAAAUGCGGCCGGUAUCGGUAUCGGAGGCAUCGGAGUUCCGGGCGCCACACAGUCAUCAUCGAGCGUGCCCACGGGCGGCUCAGCCGGCCUCAGUGCACAUCAUUUACGCAGCAGCGCGGCAGCGCCAAACAGUUACGAGGCCGAGGAUAUUGGUCUGGCCUUUGGCAUGAUCAGUCCGCCACCUGGCAGCGGACACGGACACGGACAGGGUCACGUCGGCCAUUACGGCGGCAGCGGCGUCGGGAGUGCCGGUGGCAUUGGCUCCCGUGUGGGGAAUAGCACCAGUUCGUUGCGUGGCAGCGGCGGUGCUGGAGGCGGCGGACGCUCUGGACUCUAUUAUUCGCCGCCGGGCACAUCGUACACAAUCAUUGAGCGACCACAUUCGCCGCAUUACUAUUACAAUUCGGCGGGUGUGCCAACGAAGGGUGGCUCGUUGCCGGGUCGCGGUUCGGCGUAUCUCAGCUCCUCACCAUCCAGUCACAUGGCCGCUGGCACGGCGGGCACGCUGCCCACAUCGACGGCGGCCAGCGGACGUCAUGGCGCCUCGGCGAUGGGCAAUGGCAACAAGAAGCGGCCCAUCUCACCGGAGCAGGUGCUGCGCAUGUUUGGCGCCACACAGUCGUCAUCAGUUCCUACGAGUAGCUAUCACUACAGCAACGGCGGCACGCGGGAUCGCGAUCGAGAGCGCACAGGGCGACGCAGCCCAGCCAGCAGUCCGCCCUCGACGACGCAUCAGAUCUAUCGAGAUCGUGAACGAGAUCGGGAUCGAAGUGUGCCCAAUAUACACGAACUUACGACGCGCACUGUUUCCAUGUCGCGUGAUCAGCAAAUCGAUCAUGGUUUCGGCAUCUGCGUCAAAGGAGGCAAAGACUCAGGCUUAGGUGUUUACAUCUCACGCAUCGAGGAGAAUUCGGUGGCGGAACGCGCCGGUUUGCGACCCGGUGAUACAAUCCUAGAGGUGAACGGCACGCCAUUCACUUCAAUCAAUCACGAGGAGGCGCUUAAGAGAUGUGUGCAGAUAUUGAAAUCGUCACGUCAAAUCAGUAUGACGGUGCGAGCGCCGCCUACGCUGAACUCGACGGCGCCUCUCCACGGCUUCGGCCCGCCCUCCCGCGAUCCGAUGUACGCAUCGAUGGCACCUCUACUACCACAGACUGCAGCGGGUCAGGCGGCGGCAGCGGCGGCGGCGGCCAUCGGCGGAGCGGGUCUGCCCUUUCGCCAGACCUGCUCCUGGAUGGAUCGUCAUGGUCGUCCCGCCUCGCCGCCCAUGGAAUAUGGUGGCAGACGCAACGAGCGACGCGAUCGCAUACGCCGUGUGGAGCUGCUCAUUGAGCCUGGACAAUCGCUGGGGCUGAUGAUACGCGGCGGCGUUGAGUACGGCCUGGGCAUCUUUGUGACGGGCGUCGACAAGGAUAGCGUCGCCGAUCGUGCCGGAUUGAUGAUUGGCGACGAGAUACUUGAGGUCAAUGGCCAGUCGUUUCUCGAUGUGACGCACGACGAGGCCGUUGGUCAGCUGAAGUAUCACAAGCGCAUGUCGCUGGUGAUACGUGACGUGGGCAAAGUACCGCAUUCCUGCACAUCCAUCGAAAUGGAGCCCUGGGAUGCGUACAGUCCAACGGGCACAAGAGCACGCCGAAAAGGUCAGAUUGCGACCAUGGUGGAGGAGAAGGCGCGCUCGUUGCUGCCACGUCAUCAUUUUGCAAGUCUUUCGUAUUAUAUUGCUGAAUAUAGUGCGAAAGCAAUGACCAUAGAUGCCUUUGUUGCCGUCUUAUUAGAGAUGUUAGAUACGUACGAAAAGCACACGCUAGUGACGGAAAUUCGAGAGCUCGUCUUUCCGGAGGAUCGUACACGGUACGAUGAGCUUGUGUAUCGCAGAGAACGCGAUCCAUAUAGCGUGGAUAGGCAUAGGCGUAAAGGAGACCCCACACGUGAUUUGCCGGUUACAGCUGACGAUAUGGAAGUAAGCGCCGCCACCGGACGCAGUCCCUCGUCGGACUCUGGGCUGGGCAUGACCGUAACGGAUAUUCACAAACGACCCGCUCUACAGUUGCCAUAUCGUCCCAUGUCGGCGGGACCAAUACUGCAUCGUUCACAGCCAGCAUCACAGCAUUAUCAUCAGCCAGCAACAUCACAUGCAGCAAGCAACCAACAACAACAACAAUCCACAUCACAACAACAACAACAACAUUAUCCACCACCACCACCACAACUCCAACAUACCUCAUUGCGUCAUCUGGGUGGCCCCGGUGGCGUCGUUGGAAACGCUAUGCGUCAUCAUUAUCAGCCGUUGGGACCAAAUCAAUUCAAAUUCAAGCAAGCCAAAGACAAUCAGCAACAGGAAUACGGCUGUGAUGAGCAUAGAACUCGCCGGGGCAGCGAAACCCUAUUACCGGAAUAUGACCAAGAUGCGGAACAGGAGUUGGCCACAAAACUCUCAAGAAGUUUCGAUAUGAAGGAAGAAGGCGGCACUUUGCUGGGCGAUAAAGGUGUACGAAGGCAUCAGUCCAUGCAGCGUCUGUCAGCUGAGCAGAACGGUGGUUCAACGACUGAACAAACACAUGAACACAAUCCAAACGUCGUACCUGAUCAUAGAGGCAACUUACACAUUACAGUUAAGAAAACCAAACCAAUUUUAGGUAUUGCUAUCGAAGGUGGUGCUAAUACAAAACACCCGCUUCCUAGGAUAAUCAAUAUCCAUGAAAAUGGUGCGGCAUUUGAAGCGGGCGGCUUAGAAGUCGGGCAGUUAAUACUGGAGGUAGACGGCACUAAAGUGGAAGGUCUACACCAUCAGGAGGUUGCUCGAUUGAUAGCCGAAUGCUUUGCAAAUCGUGAAAAGGCUGAAAUAACCUUCUUAGUUGUCGAAGCAAAAAAAUCAAAUUUGGAACCGAAGCCAACAGCGUUAAUAUUUUUAGAAGCCUAACAUUUGCUUGCCCUGCCGGCUAGUGACCCAUUGGAACGACAAAAACUCGAGUUCCUCUAUGAAUGGGGCAUCGAUUUAACGGAGACGCCAAAACCAAUGCCAACACCAAUACCGCUGACAAAAGCUAAAAAUCCACCGCCACUGCCUCAUGAGCUACAUUGCAACAGCAGCAACAACAACAACAAUUAUGGCAGUAAUACUGCGCUCAACAAUCAUCAUCAUCAUCAAUCGCAAUCGCAAUCGCAACAACAACAACAACACUAUCAUACCAACACACCUACCAAUACACCAACAACUCAACAACACCAACAACAACAGCAGCAACCAACAGGAGCUACAACAAAACAACAACAACAACAACAAAGGCAACACUUGAAUAACACCAACACACCAACAAAAGCGUCGCGGGAAACGACACCAAUACGUGAGCAGCAUCAACAGCAGCAGCAGCAGCAGCAACAACAACAACAGCAGCAGCAACAUGCAACGCCCACGCGCGAGCAACAAACACCAACACGCCAACAGCAACACCAACAGCAACGGGAGCAACAUCAACGCGAGCGGCAGCAACAACUGCGCGAACAACGCGAGCAACGCGAACGUGAGCAUCAACACGAACACCACCAACACCCACACGGACAACACUCACACCAACACCACCGCGAUCACCAUGAUCACCGCGAUCUUCACGAUCACCGCGAUCAUCACGAUCACCGCGAUCACCACGAUCAUCGCGAUCAUCACGAUCAUCGCGAUCAUCAUCAGCAGCAAUCAUCAUCAUCAUCUCAUUAUCACCAUCAUCAUCAUCAGCAGCAGCAGCAGCAGCAGCAACAACAGCGCUAUAACAGCAACAGCUACAAAACUCAUAAUAAUUCCGUUUACCAGUAAACAAAUUGAAAACAAAACAACACCAAAUAACAACAACAACAACAGCUUAAAUUGGAACAAUUUUGGAACAUUCUUUCAAACGGCUUUCAGCAUUAAACAGUUAAAUUGUGCUAACAAAUUUGCAAAACAAACAAACAAACAACUUCUACCUGCAACUGUCUCUUUGCUCUUACAACUCCCUCUUGGUUUCCCUCGCUGUGUCUCAAUGUUUCUCACUCACGCCUUUCUACACACAAAUCGCUUAAUACAGUAUGGGAAAAAACCCCAAAGAAAAUUGGAAAACUCGAUAAAUGCUGUAAACGAAUUUGCAAUUCAAUGUUGUUGUAUGAGCUCUCGUUAUAAAUUUUCCCGCCCCCACCCUGCUCCUCUUUGAGAGAUCUUCGAAUCUGUCAUAAACUAUCUUCACGCCAGUGUACUUUUGUUGUAGUCCGAAAGCUGCUCUAAAAAAAAAAUUAAAAAAAAAAUAUAUUAUUUUUUAUUAUUAUGUAUUAAAUGUUAAACGCAUUGGAACUAUAUUAUUCAAAAUUAUUUCAAUACACAGAUUGUUUUUUAUUUCUAUAUUAACGAUUUCCUAUAUCAAAAAUUUCCAAUAAUUUAUUUUGUUUUUUUUGUUCGAAAAUAUCAAAACACCAAAAUUACACUGCCAAAAAAUACGUUUUAAAUUAUAUAAAAAAUAAAUUAAAAAUAAAAAUAUAAAAAUCCCAGAGCAGCUUUCAUGUCACGCCCCAUUCUGUGAAAUCCGAUGAAACCUCUAUCCUACAGAGCUCGCCAAAUCUCUCUUGGCAGCAAAUACUUAGUAUAACCCGAAAGUAGACCCUUAAAAAACUGAACUUAGGACUUCUAAAACUCUCGUAACACACGCUAAUGUGUAAAACUCUAAAUACACUGUAACUGUGAAACAUAUUAUUGUAUUACGUAUUAAUAAUAUGAUUAUUAACAAGAAAAGUAGUCUAAAUGGUUAGUCGUUAAAAAUGAUUUAAAACACAAAAACCAAAAACAUAAAGUAUAAAAAAUCAAUGCAAAAACAUAUAAUUUCACGAAAAAAGAAAGAAAAUUAAGAUAAACCCACAAACCCCAAACCAACAACAAAUAAAAUAUGGCAUACAUUAAAUUAAAUAAGAUGAAGAGAAGAAACGAAACCAGAGCUUAACAAGUUAUAAAUAAAAAUCCUUAAACCGUAAGAAAUAACAUAAAUUAUGCAAAAGAAAAAGCCACACACUGUAAAAAAGAAACAAGCAAAUAAUAAAUUACUGCUUUUGUUAUGUAAUACACACACACACACACACACACACACAGACACACAUUACACAGACAUACAUAUAACGCACUUGCAGCAAGAGAAGCAACAGCAGCAACAGACACUGACACGCAAAAUGCUUGACUAUUUAUGUAAUUAGCAGCGACAGCAACAACAUCAACAAACAAAUAUGAAGCCCACCUAAGCAAAUAAUUUGUAAAAAUAAUCGUAAUACUCACACAAUUAACAUACAUACACACACUCAAACACCCAUGCAUACUAACGUAAAACAUACGCAUACAAUUGCAAACAUAUGUAAAAAUGUAAACCUAGAGAAUGAUAUGAAAAAAAUACCAUAAAUAUACCGCGCAUUAAACCAUGGCAAAGUGUCGAUAAAGCAGGCGUAGUGCAAGCAGUGCGUCCUCAACACGUCGUCAGUCACUCACACAUGAACACACUUUCUCUUACACACACACACACGCACACACGAAUACAGUAUCAAUUUAUGAAAAGAAAAAACUUAUCAGCAAAAACAAUCUAAGAAAAUGGCGCAAAAUUUAAUGAAGUUAAUCGAAAAAUGUUAUUAGUACAAUUUAAACUGCACACUGCACUCUUUUUGAAUGUUUGUUAAAUGUUUUAAGAAACAGAACAACAGCUGCAAAAUUGUAUUCCUCUCACCAAAAAAAAAAAAUCCACAACAAAUGGUAAACGAAUUAUAAAAACAAAAUCUACAAAUCUACAAAAAAAAGCUACGCUACUCUACCAUUAAACAACUAGCAAAUUAAAAUACAACAUUUACAAGAAUAUGCAGUAGAGAAAACGAACGCUUAAAAUUUGAGGUUGAUUGGCAUUAAGUAAAAGCAUUAAAAGAAAAGUUAAAACGAUGUUAAAAGCCGACAGGGCGAUAACGAGCAAAACAAAAACAACAACAUAUUAAGAACAAUGAAAAAUGGAAACACCUAAAAAAACGCACGACUCAACAACAAUGUGUGCAAGAACUUAAUAUACAUUUAUUGUAAAAUAUUAGAAAACCAAAAUGAAAAAAAUUAUAACUUUUUAAUAUGAAAAUGGAAACUAAACAAAAUACAUUUUUCGCUCUCUUAUAGUUACUAACUCCCUCGCUGUAUCUCCCUCUAUCUCUCCGUCUUUCUCUCUGUCUAUCUUGUCUUUUCGCUCAGCCCAAAAAAAAAAAAAAACAAACAGUAAAUACACACACACACAUUAUGUACCCAAUUAUCCAAAUUCAUUUGGCAAAUUGUUGAUUUUGUUUGUCGUGUGUGCAUAAAGUGUUUAGUCAAAGAAAAUACCAGAAAGAAAAAGGAAUUUCAAUUACUAUACGUAUGAGCAAUUUUUUCCUUUUGUGUCAAGAGCAUGUUAUCUUUGUGUCUAAUUGUGUAAUUGAAAUAACAAAAUAUAAUUAUGCCUGGCUUGUUUUUUUGUUCAUUAUAAGCUACCAACUAAAAACAAAAACAAAAAACUGAUUACUUCUGAUAAGAUCUAUUAUUGUAUUUCCCCCCUCCCCCGCAAAACAAAAUCUUCUCUCUAUAUAUAACAUAUGUAUGUAUGUACGAGUACGUAAUAUAUUGUAUUGUAUUGUAUUGUAUUGAAUGUAAUGCGCCACUCGAUAAGUGAGCACAGAUGAGAACCGAUGAAUUUUUAAAGAAUGUUAAAUUAUAUUGUAAUUGUACUUUUGUUGACUAUUAUGUAAUUACGCUUUGCUGUAUAUUAGUUAUGUACAUUUUUAGCUAAAUUACUAAAACGCUAAAGCAAAACAAAUUAAAUUAAAUUAAAUUAAACUACAACAAUAAGAGACAAGCACAUGCUGUUACGUUAUUGUUAGUAAUCUAUCAUAUGAAUUAAUUGUUCGUGUAUAAAUACAAAAUUACAACAUUUCGAAAUUCAAAAUUAACUUUACAUUGGUCGAGAAAACAUAAAACUCAAAAAAAAAAAAACGUAUAUAAAAAAAGAAAUGGUUUAAACUUUAAAGUGUUUAACCGAAAAAACUUUAUUGUAAAUUGCAGCAAAAACAAUUCUGAUAAAAAAGGCUUACUUAAUCUUAACUUCAACAUGAACACGAUACCAAAUUCAUAAGAUUAACACACACACACAUGCGGAUACAUACACAAAUACAUUAAAUAUACUAAUGCAUACAUAUAUGUCGCAUAUAGAGCAUACUCGUAUACUAACUAUGUAUCUACACACACAAACACACUCACACACACACAUAUAUACUUAUAUCUAAAGUAAUGACAAUGACAAGCAAUUUGAAGCAAACUAAGAAACAAUUUCAAUUUCAGAUACAUUUCAGAACAAUUCGACGAUGUUGAUGAAAACGUAAAUGAAAACGAUAAUGAUAAUGAUAAUGCUAAUGAUAUUGAUAAUGAAAACGAUAAUGAAGCUACUAUUUAAAAAUACGAGCAACAAAAGCUAUUAUGCUAUGCUAAAGGGUAAAAGGCAUUUAUUCAUACCAACCAAACAAAACACAACAAAAACAAAAACAAAAAAUACAAACCAAAACAAACAAACAAACCAAAAGGAAAACCAGCUUAUAAAUACCAUAACUUAACACGUACCACGUAAUAUCGUAACGUAAAUAGCAAUAGCGUAUACUAGUUGAUAUUAGCAGAGCUACAGCCUCAGCAAAAACUUGUUGUAUAAAAGAUUGAGCUAGACUUUUAAAUGGUAUAAACGUACAUGUUUAUAAUAUAUACAUAUUUACAUAUAAUUGAGAUCGAAUGCUGUAGAUAAAUGUGUAUAGAAAUAAAACAAAAGAAACCCAUAUUCAAAUGUUUUCAAUGUACUCUAUAUGAAUGAAACGUUUCUCUAUAUAAUUUAAGGUCUCGCCUUUUAGUUGUUCCUCAUUUGUCUACAUAUGAUUUAUCUCAAUACAAACUCGAGGACACCCUGACAAACUACUAUAUUCAUAUUUUUUUUUUUUUGAAAACCAGACCAGACCAUUUACACUACAUAAAAUACAAUUACAAAUACAACUACAACUACAAUUACAACUAACAACAAGAACAAACAAAAACAAGAAAAAACUGUGCCACCUAGUACAUAACAACAAACAGUUAUAUAUCUGCAAUAUAUGUAUACACGUACGACUUGUAAUAUAUAUAUAUAUACAUUCAUACUAAAUUAUAUAGACAAGAUGAAAUCUCAAUGCUCACUUUUAUAUUUUUAUCAUACAUACUCGUACUCGUAGUACUUACAAGGUAUAUCAAGAAAAAGAACACAAAACGAAGCACCGUAUGCAACCCUGAUGGAACUACUUAAGAAACAAACAUAGUAAACUUUAAAGUGAUGAAACAUAUUUAUAAACUAUACAAGUUAUAUAGUACAUAUAUUGUAUUGGCUUUGCAUAGAAAUUGUCGCAAAAUUUCGGUUCGAUCGGAAUCGAAAUAACGCGACAAUUUCUGGAGUAAAGUCAAAAGCUUUCUAGCAUCAUUGCUUCUGCCUCUAAAGUACACACAGAUUACGUUAACUUGGUUCAUUGCGAGACAUACACUCACACACACAUAUUUUAUCUAACACCUCUCAAUUGCCCUUUUGUUAAUCACCUAAUUAGGAAGUAUCAAGAAUUUGGCGAACAGAAAGACGAAAACACCAGGCAUAAACGCAAAAGAUCGAGCUAAACCGCAUAGUGCAUAGUGUUAAAGAGUAUUUAUUUCAGUUGUGUAUAUUGUAAAGUCAAGAGAUAUUGAAGAAAGCAUAAAGUUAAACAUUUAAAAGGAAACCAUUAAGAAAGAAAACAAUUUAUUGAAAAUUAAUAAUAUGUAAUUGUAUUUAUCAAAAUUUAAAAGCAAAGUAACAAAAAUAACAAAAAAGAAACUAAAAACUAAAAAAACGUAAAAAGUAAACGCAUUAGCAUAGCAAUGAAAAUUAAAAAAAGAAAAAAAAAACUAAAAAAAAAAACAAACAAAUGAUAUGAUAUAUGAUAUGAAAUGAUUCAAGAA